AUGUUUAAAGGAAACGGAAGUGAGAGUGACGUUGAUAUGGAGGGUCAAGAUGCGAGAGGUAUCGCCACCAGGAACGUUGGGAGCGCAGGUAGCGCUGGCCCUGGUCCUAUCUCUCGCCAAGGCUCCGUUGACCACCUGCACGCUGAGACCGCCGAAGCGACCGAGGUUCCAGGAGAAAGACUCAACCAUCACCGGGGGAUAGCCGAACCGCCAGAUCCUGCAUCUGUCGCCGACUACGAAGGACUACUGAUAAAAUUCCACAGUCUCAAUAAGGACUUGGACGAAGAGAGACGGCUGCAUCGCCGGACAAAGGUCGAUCUUCAGCAUAAGGAGCAAGAAGCGGACGAGAUAUUCAAAGAUUGGAAACAGGCAACAAUAGAGCUAAACAAGCUGCGGGCGCAGGGCCAAUUCCGCUGGGCGGGUGCUAAAGCGGCCGUCGCCAUAGCUAAUCUAGGCCAGGUCCUCGAACCUCACAGCCAAAAUGUGGAAGCGAAGUGUAGAUACUUACGAUGGAAAGCCACGACAAGUGCUCUUCUUGACAACGAUCAAAUCCAAGGCUCAGACGAUAGUAGGAGAAUCGAGGAGAUGUGCAAAUCGCUGAGCCCCUUCUCAGGAUCAGAAGUCACACAUCUUGUGGAGAAUCUUACGCGGGUCGUUGGGGAGGCUACGGAUCUCGACAAAGCAAUUAACAAACAAGCUGCCGAGAUUACUUGGUUUUCCAACUGCGUUGGGAGGGAAUUCGAUCCAAUGUGGAUGGAGAUAUCCCCAUCGAGUAGUCAUAGGGACAGGGGCGGCUAUGUGAGGCUAGUUGUUGCCCCUGGACUCAAAAAGCGAGGGACGUCGACAGGAGAGGAUUUCGAGAUUGUAAACACACUGCUCAAGAUUGAGGUUGUCUGCGAGAUUGGCUCCAUGGACAGCGAGGGUGAAUCUCUCUCUUCAUCCAUCGUCUACGGCAAGACGUUUGAGGAUCGCAAGGGCGAGGUCCUUGACGCCACGGCCCACGAAGUACACGGCGACAAGUGGCAGAACCACAAACCACUAGGACGGUCCUUCUUCAACCAUCUCCUUACCGGCUAG